AUGAAGAUCUCUCACAAUCUAUCUCUAUCAAAAUCAGCAGCACGGAAAUGGUUCGCACGUUUUUGUACUGAAAAUUUCGAUGUGAAAGAUGAACUUCGCUCCGGUCGACCAAUUACUGAAAAGUCCGAUGAAAUCAUAGAAAAAGUCGAACAUGAUAAGCAUGUGGAGAUUGCCAGGGAACUAGGCAUCGACAAAACAGUUUUAAAUCAUUUACACAAAACUGGAUACAAAAAGAAGCUCAAUGUUUGGGUUCCUCGCGAGUUGAGUGUUAAGAACAUGAUAGAUCGAAUUAACAUUUGUGAUACGCUAUUGAAACGGAAUGAAAUUGAGCCAUUUUUGAAGAGAAUGAUAACUGGUGAUGAAAAAUGGAUCACGUACGACAAUCGAACUCGCAAAAGAUCGUGGAUAAAGGAAGGAGAGAAGGCACAAGCAAUCGCAAAACCUGGAUUGACGACGAAGAAAGUGAUGUUGUGUGUUGGAAGGGAAUCGUUCAUGAGCUGUUAUCGAUCAAACAAUUAA